AUGCUCGACAGCCAAACACGUCUCUCGGGUUCGAUGCCCGUCGAUAGAGCGUUUUCCGUUACUAUGGAGAAUUUUUAUAAUACGCAAGCAAAGGAACUUACACAGGCUAAGCCUGUCAUUACGUGGCAGUGUGAAGGUAUUCAAGUAGAAAUACCAUGGGGGCCUUUGGAAGCGCCUAGGAUUUACCCAAAUAAGUGGGUGGUUGAAGACACCUCGAAUGAAAAUGAACAGAAAUCCUCAGCGGAUGUUUCUAUUAGUAGUGAACGGUACAUAUUGGGCUCACGCUACACUGUGUCCGAAGAUUUAAAUGAAAUACCACGUCACCAUUCAUUUUCGGAGAGAACACGAUUCCAAGGCAGCUGUGAUGCGAGAGCACCGCAUUCGAAUUAUUGCUGUGCCAAACUGUGCAAGAACGACCAGAAGUUCGACAACACCAACAGGAAUGAAGAGUGCUUCUCACGCGAAUGCAACCAAAUUAUUGUUACCCGACUUGAUGCUGACCGCCUCGCGCACUCUUCUCAAAAGCCUUGCACAUCUGAUUUCUUCGAUGGUAGAGAAAAUGUCCAAAAAGGUGGGUCGUACAGGUCCCAUGAGCAUGACAGAGACGACACUAUAAUUAAGAGUCGUCACAAACGGACGAGCUUUAGGUGCAUAGACAAUGAAGACGUCAACCAGCGAGCUGUCACGGGUGCAGGUUCAUCAGAGUGGAGUGUCGAGGAUCAUAUGAGGAGUCGUGCGAUAGUGAGUGUAAAAAAAACAUUAGAGUUUGAAGAUGUCACCGACGAUGAUGAUGAUAUCCAGAUGACAAAAUUAGACAAGCCAAACAUUCGAGUUGUAAAACGUGUAGCGGAAUCAAACGGUGUAUCAUUGAACGAAAAUAAUGGUGAUUCGAUACAUCACCCAGAGACGGGAUCCGUCUCAAACGAACCACAUCCUACUGAGUUUCACUUGGAGACGAAGAGAGAAGAAAUUGGAAACGUGAUUGAUCAUACACAUUCUUCAGAUUCAAACAUGAAUGCUUCUACAGUCGCGUACAGAAAUCCCGGUUUUGCGAGGAAAGAUGGGAACCUCUGCAGAAUACAUCAUUAUGACAGAUUGCCCAGUGGAUGCUUGGCAGAGCUGAGAUCUGGACGUUUGCAGAAGUGUUCGUCAAGCAAUGAGCAUGAUACUUCUGAACAUGACCUAUCAAUUUCACUUCCUGCAGAAAAUGUCUGGGCGAAACGACAAGAGGAGAGGGAAUCGCAAGAAAGGGAAAAGCUUUCGCGAAUGCCAAACAUUAUGCAGCAAGCCAUCGAGCAGCAUUUUCCUUCUGUUUCUGAGGCUGCAUUAAUAAAACUGGAUAAAGAUGCCGCUCGGCGAAUGCCCGACUCUGAUUUCGCUCGUGCCGCACUGCGGGCUAAGCGUCACCAAGGUAGCAAUGACGUACGCCAGCUCAAUUGCUCUAAGGAACUAUUUCAACGACGAACGACGCUGUGUGGGCAGAGAUUUGAGAAGGAAUGUGAUCAUCGUGGUCAAGGUCCUACAAAAAUGGCUACGAAAGAUCAGCAACAUCUGCCCCACAGAGAAGGAAAUCAUAAAGAUUUCUGGAGCAGAGGCAGCCGCAGACAAAUUGUUUCGCGUGGUAAAUGUGCACGAACUCGUGGUCGAACUACAGCACUCGCGCAUUCUCAGGUGCUCCGUCGUUCCCUGCCAAACAAAAAAAAUGUAGCGAAAGAGAAUUUUGUGGAGCCGUCGUGUAUCUUGAAAAUCAGCACAGACAGUCACGGGCAUGUCGGGAGACCACAUUACUGUGCUGUAGGAGAAGAAACUGUUAUCACCACAAGAACGAAAACUCGAUCUGAUGCAUCGAAAGGUGCAAAGUUACUCCCGGAAAAUAUAGAGGAUGGUGCAUAUCAUGAACGUAACAACAACGAAGAUUCAAGCUAUGUUUCAUCACACAAUGAAGAGACCGUAGACCAUCGAACAACGAACAGGUAUCAAAGCAAAGCUUUUGGUGAUCGUGGACAUCCGCGCAAAGGCCGAGGAACGCCUUAUUCUUAUAGAUCCGGUUGUGAGGAUUCUUUUUCACAACGAUUUACUCGAGUUCGCGAUAGCAGAGUUGCGAGUACUACGGGGCAUGCUUUGAGUUUGCUCAGCCAAGUAAAGGGGAGACAUGACUUCCAACAACAGCAUAGUCGCCGAAAGGUCAAGUUAGACUUCCACCAGAGGUCCUACUCAGAGGUGAAGUCGAUAAGCCAAGAUGGAUCAAAUCGAUUACGAAGUCCCGUUGUCUCUAGUGAAGGUUAUGAUGAAUGGGAAACGGCUAGCGAGAGCAGUGCUCCUGCUACCCGAGAAAACCUCUCCGAUUUUGUCAUAGGUGCGGGGCGCACUUCGAAUCGAUGCAGGAACUCGUGUGCGAUUUCAGUAACAUCAAAUCUUGCAAACUCUAAUCAGGGAUCAAAUCGUUCCGAACGAAGCCAGUCCGCGUCGUAUUUGGGAAGUAUUGUUGUGCCAAGUAAUGGUCAGCAUUCUCAUGGCUCAGAAAACGCCCUAACCGCCAGCCGUAUGUGCCAGUCCCCUUCUGGAAGUUACAACAAUGACAACCACGAGAAUUGCCCUAGAAGUGUUUCGGAUGCGCUGGCGGGUCUUGAUAUCAAUAAUAUUGCAAGCGUUGUAGUCAUUGAUGAUCAGUUAGUUGAUGCAGUAAGCGUAGAUGCUUGUGAGGAAUUCGAAGAGGUAUUGAACAAACGAGCGAAGAAACAGAAAGCUCUCUUACAACAAGCAAAGUUAGAAGAAGAAAAGAGGAGAAUAAAGGAAAAGGAACGACAUCUUCGCGGUCAAAAUAAAAGGGUCACUCGUCAAAACAGCACUAGGAAGGAUUUCAAAAAGAGUGAUGUCGAGAAAGGCCAAAAAAAGAAAAUGGAAAUUUGGAAUGGACCUGCUGAGCAGAAAGCCGAGAUAAAACAGCAACAUAGAAGCACGGUGGAAUCACAUGCCAUUCCAGAUUCGCUUUGUACACUCAUCACUAGUGGUAACAUGGCUAUGAAUGAAACUCCUGAAAUACACAAAGAAGUCCCCGUAAAGACUGUUUGGAACAGUGCUCAUAUCGCUGAAGGCAAGGAGUCGAUAGAAGGGGGUCCCUCCAUUAUCCCUCCUCCAAUCGCGAGGCCCAACCCGCGGUCCAAAUCUGCUGCUUCUGAUACGCCAUCAGGCUUUCAUGAUCUAGUCAGGCAACAAAUAGUUGAGUUACCAGUGUCUCUUUCGUCUAGUCAACCAUCGCGUGGUGAAAAAUAUGACUUCACUUUUGAUCCGCAUCUACAUGAGGAGCAAAUUUCUAACGAGAAAGUUCUUGCUUCACUUUCAACGGGCGCAAGUUCAGAGGCGGGAAGCAUGACAGAUGAUUUUCGACUAAAGGAAAAACUGUACAAAGUGAAGGGUCUGUGGUCGGGGGAAGAAAAAGACUCAGAAUCAAAUCUUCCUUCUAAUGUUGCGAAGGUAAAACCGCAACCCCAGUCCGGAGUGGAGCACUUUCACAACGACGGGAAACAAGUAGUGACAAUCCCAAAUGGUUGCCACACAAUUCCUCCGAAGAGUCCUGGAAUUGCACCGUUCCCUUCGGGGCUGGGUGGUUUUAUGUUUUCACCCUAUCCAGUAAUGUUCGGUGACAUGUCAAUUAGCCGGGGCUAUACUUCCAUGGGUUCACUUGUUCAACCUCUUAUCCCUUCUUCGAAUGCAUCUACUACUCCCGUCGGUCAACAGCUUUAUCAACAACCUCAUUCCCUUGCUGCGGCCGCUGCUGUGAACCAGCGUUCUCUCCAGAUUCGCUCCAACUACAUGGAUCAAAACGCUAUCUUUCCAAUUCCACCAUCACAAAACGUGACAUGGAAUGUUCCAAAUAUGCUAGACAGCACGGGUAGUGCUGCUCUGUCAGGGGCUUCAUCGCCGCAGCACCCACAUACUCAUAUGUCUUCACCUUUACAGGCUCCAGCGCCUAAUAUGUCACUACUCCAUCGUGGACAUGCACAUACAACUAUGACACAGAACCAUCCGCAAUCGCUCACACAUGGUUAUGGAGUGGGAAUUUCGAGUAUAACUGUAGCUAGUGGACCAAUGGGACCGCCACCUACUGUUACUGCAACAACAACCCUUGGUCCACUUGCACCAAUUCCACCUCCUGAAUUAAUGAAUAUACCACCUCCGAUUGGUAGCCAGCGUGUUGCUCCAGUGACAAUUCAAUACGCGGGCUUUCCUCCAGCUCCACCUCUCACUCACGCUAUACAUCCUUCGCAUGAUUUUUCCCAGCCACCUCCGAGCGUCAGGUUUGCUCAUCCUCCUCCAAAUCAGCAUUCUCAGUGGGAUAAAUGUUUGACACGUACCUUCGCGGGAUCGCGACAACAGUUCGCCAUUUUUCCAACCGGUGGUGUGCAUCAGUAG